AUGAGCCCCAACCCGUAUCUCCUGGCGGCCGAUAACCCCACGGCUUUGCUGUCUCUCCUCCGCGAGAGCCCCGCCAUCGCCUCCGGUCAGGAUGAGCACGGUUACUCCCUUGUCCAUGCUGCCGCAAGCUACAACCACCUUGAUCUCCUCCGCGCCUUGAUCCAGGAGUUCAAAGUUGACGUCGAUAUCCGAGACGAGGACGAGGAGACGGCGUUGUUCGUUGUCGAGACCGUCGCGGCAGCCCAGUGCCUGGUCGAGGAACUUGGCGCUGAUAUCGACGCCAAGGGUGCCGAGGGCAUAACUGCUGCUCAAAAGAUCGAAGGCGAGGGCGACUACCCCGAGAUCGCCGCAUACCUUAACAGCGUCGAGUCGAAGAGGUUGGCUGCUGCUGUGGCCAAGGUCACCGGUCAAUCGAGCACGAGCGCCUCUACCACCAACAACACUGCUGCCGCCGAGGGUACCACUGCUGCUCCUCCCAUCGACCUGCCGCCCGUCCCCGAAGGCCUCGCCGUAACGCUCGGCACCAUGGACCAGACCGAAGAUGUCCCCGCCGAAGUCGAUCCCGAGUUCAAGCGUAGGAUAGAUCAGCUGGCUGAGAGGGAGGAUUUCCACACUGCCGAGGGCCAGGCGGAGUUGCGUCGACUUGUCGAGGACGCCGUUCUCGGCCAGGGACUAGCCGAGGAGCGUAACGUGCGUCCGAAGCAGGGCUAG